AUGAUGUUCAAUCAAAUCCUCUCCAUCGCCUUGGCCCAAGCCAUAACGGCCUCCGCAGCAACAAUGAUGGUAACAGUCGGCGCAAACAACCAAUUCACCUUCUCCCCGCAAUCCAUCACCGCACAGCCCGGCGACAUGGUAGCUUUCAACUUCGUCACGCAAAACCACAGCGUAGCCUCCUCAACUGCAAACCGACCCUGCCAGCCCGAGAAAAACGCAAUCUUCUCCGACUUCCAACCCGUCGCCGCAGUCGCUUCUACAAACAACAACAAUAAUAACAAAGGAGGCCGCAAGGGAAAAAACAACAACAAACGCCAACAAGCCGCCCCAAACACCCCAAUGUUCAUGGUCCCCAUCACCGACUCAAACCCAAUGUACAUAUACUGCUCGCAGGCUCAGCACUGCCAACAAGGCAUGGUGAUGGUUAUCAACCCGCCCAACGACGCUGCGGUGCAGCAAUAUGCCAAUAAAGCGGCCAAGGCGAAGAACAAUGUUAGUCCCAAGGGAGGCGUUUCCGGUGGGAGUGUGCAGAAUAAUGCAGCGGGGACUAAUCCUAAGGUCGUUGCUGGGUCGCAGAUGCCUGCGGGGCCUAAUGGGCAGAUUACAGCGCAGAUUGGGGGUAAGAAUGGAAAUGGUAAUGGGAAGGGGAAAGGGAAGGGGUUGCUUGGGUUACUUGGGAAUUGAGGUCGGAGAUUGUGGAGCGCUGGUCGCGUAGUUUGAUAUAGAUUAAUGUAAUGCAUAUUCGAUCACCCCAAGUUUAGUUAUUGUGAGUUGUUACAGAUGGGGACGUAUUGCCAGUGCUCGUGUUGACAAGUAUCUGACACAGGGCCUUUGGAUUUCCAUCGAUUUGUAUGACUGUGACUGGUUUCACUCAGGCAUUGUGCCAUAUCACCGGCCUGCACCAUCGUUCUGUGGUCAUCGUAGUCAUAGGGUGUCCAAAAUGUUAGUACACAAUCGAGCGUGCUGCCACGUGCAGCACUUAGAUCCCUCACAUAAUUUCGCCUAUCGGGAUUCGUCUAUGCAUAUCCUGUAUCCAGAAAUCUUCAUGUCAUGGACAGGCACGGUUGCACGAGCGAAACAUUCGAGCCGCGCCGAACAAACCACUUUG